AUGCUCCCUCUCACACCCUCACAAGCUGGAGACAAGGAACGAAGGCAGCAACCGCCUCCGCCGCCAUCGAAUCCCCACAACUCCAGCAAUUCCACUUCGAUCGUUGCUGUAAGUUUUAUACCCGAAUCAUUGCGAGAACUCUUGCCUCUAACCCUGCAUCGACAUACAGGCCGUUAUCGCCGCCGUCCUCGGGGUCUUGUUGCUCUUUUUCCUACUCGCAUACAUUCGGAGGCUACGGCAGCGACACGAGAAUCCAAAAUACGUUCCAACACAGUUCCUGAAACGAAAAUGGCAGAACUGGAAGCCGCGAAGUUUCGGCGGACGUACUUCCAAAGGCGCGUAUAGCUCGCAAUUACAGCAGUCAGCUCCCGCGCCUGCACACUACCUGGGACACGAUGAUCGAAGCGCCCAUGCCAGCAGGCAAGACCUUCCCGAUCUGGAGCGCGCAGAGGCUGCAGAAGUAGCGCAGAAUGGCGACGGAGUUGAUAGACAUACGAGCGUGCGUUCCGUAAUGACUCUACCCGCCUACUCGCGAUCAGUGCGCGAAAAUGAACGUAUACUUGCACGCGAAGGUGAAAGAGAUGGAAUUGAUGUGGUGGUGGAGGCACCGGAGACAGAGCAGGAAGAAGAGAACAGAAGGGAAGAAGAAAUGGAGAGCCUAUAUCAGAUCCGUGUGCAACGAAGAACGGAAGUUGCAGAGCGAGAAGAGCGCAGGCGCCGAAGGCGCGAGGCGAGGAGGCGAGGAGACUUUGCUGAAGUGGAGCGGCUACGAGUUGAGUCGUUGGCAGCAGCACAGCUACGGGAAGCGGCCGGCGCUGCGGCUAUGAUCGCAGAACACCAGGGCAUGAAUCGUCAACGACGCGUGAGCAGUGUUAGCUACGCGGAUCUAGGAGUCGCCAGACACGACGGCACGAGAAUCAGAGACGGGACCCGCAUACGCGCCAACUCCGGCGAGUCCGACAGCAGGCCUUUACUGGAUUCUGCCGCCUCUAUAGGCGAUGCAGCUAGCCUACGGCCUUGGUCCACGCGAGGCUCUCAUUCUUUCACGCAUCAUCGGAAUCAGUCGCAAGUGGACUCUCUGACCUCAGCUUCCGACGGUGAUUCUGAUAGGGUGGAAAUGGCUGAAAUGCCACCGUUCGGCAGAGCUGGAAGUGACUUCGAAGUCGUGACGCUGAAUCAGGCAGGCCAUUCUCGUAAUGGCUCUGCUGUAGCCUCGGGUAGCCGCAGUCGUGCUUCGACCAAUCCUGGUCCAGUAAGGCCAUCAAUUGAUACCACGAGGCUGAACGGCGAUCUUGGCGAGGGUCAAAUACCAAGCACGGAGCCCCCAUCGUACGAUGGCGAAGGCUUCGAGGAAGCGCCGCCCUAUACCUCGCCCAUCCAGGAGCCUGCACCCCAGCGUCUGUCUUCACAAUCGCAGCGUUCCCAGGUCCAGCGGUCAUCUUCUACAGGUAACGGAGCUCCUCACUUACCAGAGAUUGGACGCCUCCCGAGUAUCCGUAUCGCAGACGCUACUCCAAUCGAUACAAGAAGGCCAGGCUUACCCGGGACAGUCGCGGAAUAA